AUGCCAUCGCCUCUCAAGCCGCGGCGUUCGCCGCGCUCUCGCAUGUCGCUCGCCGGCACGGGUUCAGGCGGUGUUCCGCUCGGCGGCUCGUCCAUGAGCACAAAGACCUCUCUUGCUGAGGUCGCUGCAAAGGAGAACAACCGAUCCGCCAGGCUCUCUACCACCAACAAAGACGAUACCAUGCGUGCCGCCAAGGAGCGCGCCACCUCCAAAAAGCGCGCCGCAUCCGUUGGCGGCGCCGAACUCGACACGCUGCUCAAAGAAUCUAGCAGCAAAGCCAACGGCUCUCUCUCCGCCGUCGCUGCCGCCACCACCAGCAGGCGAAAUGCUCCUGCUCCAAGGAAGAGCGCCAUCCGAUCAGUGCCCCAGGUCUUCCUGAGCCCAACCGGUCUCGUCCCCAGCCCAGAGUCCAGGCGUGGUCUCGCCAUGCCAUCCCUCACAGAGCAGAUCGCCCAGAUCGGCAAGUCGGACGCACCUACCUCCUCCUCCAGAUCCAGUCGCUCGUCCAUGCCUCACGUCGCAGGCCCCGAACCUUCAUCGUUCGCAGCGAACGGCACAGGCCGAGCCCGCGACUCGAUGCAAGCCAGCAGCUUCGCCUCACUUGCUGGCAACGCCACCAGCAUCGUAUCCUCAUCUUCGGCCGCCCCUCCGCCCUCGCGCAACGCCAUGACCCAGGUCGUCCGUCCCAAGCGCAGAGUCACGUUCAGCUCGCGCCAGGAGAAGACCGAAUUCGCUCGCGACGAGCCCACCCUCCGCCUCGGUAGCCUCAGAAGAGAGCAGGUUUCUCCACCUUCCACGCCCGCAAGCUCGUCCUCCGCCAGCGUGGGCUUUGCCUCGUAUGCUCAGUCCCAAGACGGCUCCAGCUCGGAUAGCGACAGCGACAGCGAGUCCGAGUCCGAGUCCGAAUCCGAAUCCGACAUGGACCUCGAUGCCUCCAACGAGCUUGCCGCCAGAUCGCUCGCAGCCUCCAUUGCAGCCUCUUUGCCGCACGACGACUCGACCCUCGACGUCUCCGCCGAUACUGCAGACGAGAGCAUGGCUUCCGCUUCCGACGCAUCCGCCAACAUGGACUUCACCGGCACCCACGGCUCGGUCCAGAAACGUUCCAUCGCCGACACCUCGGACGAUCAGGUGGACAUGAGCUUGCAGAGCGAGGGUCAAGACUCGGUGCAGAUGGACAUCACUCAAGCCAUGCACUCGGCACCCGCAUUGAAGCGCAGGCGAAGCAGCACAGCUGCCGACGAAUCCUCCUCAACCGACGGCUCGGCCAUGGACCUCGAUCAGACCGUCACCAUGGAGUUCACUGGCGUCCAUACUGACCCCCAGAACGGCGACGACUCCGAUAAUUCGGACGACAGCGACGUCAGCCAGCGCAUGGACAUGACCAAGGCCAUCACCACAAAGAUCGAGGCAAAGAGGACCGGCGACGCAACCACUACAAUCAUCACCGACUUCCCAGAGCUCAGCAGUAGCGAAUCCGAGGGCGAUGACACCAUCCAGCAGGACGCCACCAUGCCCAUGGAGAUGACGCGCGCCGUUACCGGCUUCAUCCGCGAGAAGGAGCCGGCGUCCAGCGACAUGGAUCUCGUCGACUCAAGCUCCAGCAGGCCCUUUGCCUCUUCCGACGACGCCUCUAUGGCCAUGGACAUGACGAUGCCCAUCGGCCACGUCGUCGAUCCUGCUGCUUCACCCUCCAAGCCCGUCGUUACUCCGGCAAAGUCGCUCGGUAAUGGCGCGCCCAGCCCGUUCCAGCCAACUCCUGGCAAGUCGCCCAGUCGUUUCCGUCAGUCUCUCCGCGGUGGCUUGGCUGGACUCGAGACGAGCACACAUUCGCCUGCGCAGCGCGUGGGUGGCACCCUCCCGCCUCAGGGCCACGUCAACGGUGCAGCACUGCAGGCCGACUCGAGCUCAUUCCGCCGUUCCAUCAUUGGCGGAGUUGCAUCGUCGUCGUACCAGCACUCGCCCGCGAGGCGGGUUCAGGCGCAGGAGGGCAGUCUCACACGUGCAGCCAGCUCAUCGCCUGCCGCCAAGUCCAAGCCUUCGGUGGCCAGCGUCCUCGCCGGUCAGCGCAAGUCGCUGAGCAGCAUCGGUCUCGACCGACCCAACGGACACCCCUUUGCCUCGGCAUCGUCGUCCUCGCCGUCCAAGAUGGCGAGCCCGAAACGCCGCGCUGGUCGCUCCUCCAUCGUCGCCGCCGUGCUGCCGGACCUGUCCAGUGCCGCCACCAACGACGAUUCGUUCCACUCGGCUGUGGAAUCCGGCUUGAGAUCGGCCAACGGAGCUAGCAGCGAAGCGCACGACACUUCCGUCGCUCAGUCUGCCGUCUCGGGAGUCGACAGCUUCGAUGACUACAGCAACGACGAGCGCAACCAGGUUCCCGUCCAGAUGCCGCUCAACGACUUUCUUCGCUUCGUCGGCGUCCACUUUAACGAUGACAUGAGCGCGUCGCGCCGCAAGCCCGUGCCGCCUACCAAAGAAGAGGCAGGCAGCGACGACAAGCCUGACGCCGCAACGCAUGUGCCCGUCUCGAUGAUGCGGCUCGUCAAGGCGGCGUGCGGUGCUGUGCCGCAGCUCGAGGCUCUGCGCGAAGCAUGUCGCGAGAUCAAGGAGCAGGUCGACGACGGCCGCGAAAAGAUGGUCGAGAUGGAGCAGGCCUUCUACGACUCGCCACCGGACUUUGUGCGCGAGAUCAUGGGCCUGCAGAACGAGGAGGAGCGACGCGACAUGGAGGCGCAGUUCAAGCUGCAGAAGCAAGCCGCCCGUGCGCUCGUCAGCGCCGACUACUACGGCUGGCGUCUCGACAAGGAAUUCGACCAGGAGAUGAUCCAGACGCUCCAAGCGUACCACGGCCGGCUGCAGUGCGACCUGCACAUCGUCGAGACCAAGCGGCAGCAGCUGCAGCAGGAGAUCCUGCCCGUGCUUCGCGCCAAGCACGCCAAGCUCAAGGCGGAUCUCGCGCUCGCCAAGCAGCGCCAGGCCGAGAUCGAGACGUGCGAUGCCGAAGAGCUCAAGGGACUCUACUCGAGCAUCGAGGAACAGCACGAGGUGCUCGAGUCGAUGCGCGCCAAGCUCAUGGACGUCGAGGAGCAGCACGAACGUCUGCUCGUGCGUCUCGAGGAGAACCGCGAGAAGAUGGCUGCAGCGCAGGAGAUGGUCGACAAGGCGCACGCCACCGUCGACCAGAUCCAGGGCUACACGCGCGGCGAGGCUGGGCGGCUGCUGCGCGAGAUCCGCAAUCUGGAGAAGCUGCAUCUGGUGCGCAUCCUCGACAACGGCUUUGAUCCGAGCCUGGACGAGGUGGAGGAGGCCGAGGGCGUGCAGGCGCGCGGCGAGCGGGACGUGGUGCUGAUCCUCGACGGCUGGCUGCAGGUGUCGAUGACGCUGCUCGCCAGCAGCGCACGCAACCAGCUGCCCAACAACGCCAAGGUGUCGCGCAUCCGGCUCAAGCAGAAGGGCAUGCGCACCGGCAGCGACGACAACAACCUCGUGCGCAAGCUCGCCGUGCAGAUCCUCCAGGCCGACUUUGACGUCGACUUUGCCGACGUGCCUGCUCACGAUGCGCUCGUCGUCCUGCGCCGCAUCUCUCAGACGCUCAUCCGCCAGCGCAUCCUGCUGGCCGAGAUCGAGCAUCUGCGCUGCCGCUUCCCCGUUCAGCUCAUCGAGGACCACGGCAAGCAUCCGACGUCGAUCCUCGAUGCCUCGCCCGACGCUUCGUCGUCGUCCGACGGUAAGGAGCGCGGAGACAACGAGGUUGCGCUGCAGGCGUCUGUGCUGCUGCCGAACCGCAGGAGCAAGAUCAUCAUCACCGCCAUGUCGGAUCUCAAGGGCGUGGGCGAGAGCCGAUCGAUCUUGCUGGCCGACAGCGUGCGGGUGGAGCGCACAUACGGCAGCGUUGAUGCCGAGGCCAUGUCGCUCCAGAUUUUGGACUGCAUCGAGACGGACCCGACCAUCGGCUCGCUUAGCAAGGCCUUCAUCGAGACCAUCGAGACGUUCGACAGCUGA